AUGGUUAAGCGCUUAUUGCCUGCACCUCCACCACGUACAAACGCAUGGUGCUUGAAUCAAUUACUCAACACAGAAGCUCAAUUACUCUCAACUUCACCAAUUUUACAUCCAGCUACAGCAUCACGUACAAAUAGUUCAUUAUAUUUACAACAAUACGAGCAAGAUUCAAAUUCAAGUAUUGGAGCAGAAAUCAUCUCCAAUCAAAUCAGUUUGUCAUCCCCGCCAUAUAUGAAACCACAAGGGAGAUUAAGUAGACUGGCACAUCAACAACAACAGGAAUUGUUUGUUGAUGGCGGUAAACCUUUACUGGCUCCAAAUAUUCAAACUAAACCCUCACAGAAAAAGAAUAAGAAUGGUACUAUUAUGGUUAGUGUCGGUAAGAAUACUAUUAUCAAGAAACCAAAGUUUCCCAAGACUAAGAAGAUAAGAGGCGGCAGUGGUGUUUAUAAAUAUAAGAUUCGUGAUGAUCGGGGACCAAUAGUCAGUGGCGGUCCUGGUCCUAUUGCUAUUCAACAACAAGGUUUUAUUCCAAUUCAGCAUAGCCCUGCUGUGCAACAUCACCAUCCAUAUGAUCAACAACAUCAAGGGCCUCUGGAGAUGAUACAACCAUUUAUUCAAUUAAAUCAGAAUAAUUAUCCCAAUCAAUUGAUCCAACCCCAAAUAAUUACCCACCAUCACCAUCCACAACUUUCCAAUUUCCAUCCAACGUUGGAUAACGAAGGACAGCAGGAACUUUUCUAUUCAACAAAUCUCGAACAACAACAAUCGCAGCAACAUCAGCAGCUUGUAUCAGGGCCGGAACCUUGUCAUCAUAAUUAUCCAAUGGUUAUAUAUCCCCAAUUUGGUAUUUAUACAUUACCAUUCUCUUAUCCUAUACUCGAGAAAGAACCGCUCCCUCAUCCAGCUUCACAACUGCAUUUCAUAGUUCCAGAGCCAUCCUCGCCAUUAUAUCUACGCACUUACGAAAACAUCGACAUCAACUCCAACGUCGCCAAACUUUCAAAUAGAGAACUAAAGCGCGAAAAUAUAAAACGACAAAUUGAAUAUUACUUCUCUACUGAAAACUUAUGCAAAGAUAGAUAUUUACGAUCAUUAUUUAGUUAUGAAGAUGGUUCAGUACCAAUCACAAAAUUAUUAGAAUUUAAUAGAAUGAAAACCUUAACUAAGAAUGGAAAAUAUUUAUCAAUUUUAAUUCAAGUUAUUCAAGAAAUUGAAUAUUUGGAAUUGUUAAAUAAUAAUCAAAAUGUUCGAAUUAAAAAUUGGAAUAAUUGGAUUUUGAAAUAA